GGUCGGGCGCUGGGGGCCGCCUGCCUACUGCUCCUGGCGGCGGGCUGGCUGGGACCCGAGGCCUGGGGCUCCCCCACGCCCCCGCCGUCGCCCGACGCGCCGCCACCACCCCCGCCGCCCGGAGCUCCGGGUGGUUCGCAGGACACCUGUACGUCGUGCGGCGGCGGUGGCGGCGGCUUCCGGCGGCCGGAGGAGCUGGGCCGGGUGGACGGAGACUUCCUGGAGGCGGUGAAGAGACACAUCUUGAACCGCCUGCAGUUGCGGGGCCGGCCCAACAUCACGCACGCUGUGCCCAAGGCCGCCAUGGUCACCGCCCUGCGCAAGCUGCACGCAGGCAAGGUGCGCGAGGACGGCCGCGUGGAGAUUCCGCACCUCGACGGCCACGCCAGCCCGGGCGCCGACGGCCAGGAGCGCGUCUCCGAGAUCAUCAGCUUUGCGGAGACAGAUGGCCUCGCCUCCUCCCGGGUCCGCCUGUACUUUUUCGUCUCAAAUGAAGGGAACCAGAACCUAUUUGUGGUGCAGGCCAGCCUGUGGCUAUACCUGAAACUUCUUCCCUAUGUCCUGGAGAAGGGCAGCCGGCGAAAGGUUCGGGUCAAGGUGUACUUCCAAGAGCAGGGUCGUGGUGACAGGUGGAAUGUGGUGGAGAAGAAGGUGGACCUCAAGCGUAGUGGCUGGCACACUUUCCCAAUCACAGAGGCCAUCCAGGCCCUAUUUGAGCGGGGUGAGCGACGCCUCAACCUGGAUGUGCAAUGCGACAGCUGUCAGGAGCUGGCUGUGGUGCCUGUGUUUGUGGACCCUGGGGAAGAGUCCCACCGGCCCUUUGUAGUGGUGCAGGCCCGCCUGGGUGACAGCAGGCAUCGCAUCCGGAAACGAGGCCUGGAAUGUGAUGGGCGGACCAGCCUCUGUUGCAGGCAACAGUUCUUCAUCGACUUCCGGCUCAUCGGCUGGAAUGACUGGAUCAUCGCACCCACUGGCUACUACGGGAACUAUUGUGAGGGCAGCUGCCCAGCCUACCUGGCUGGGGUCCCCGGCUCAGCCUCCUCCUUCCACACGGCCGUAGUGAACCAAUAUCGCAUGCGUGGCCUGAACCCAGGGCCUGUGAACUCUUGCUGUAUCCCUACCAAGCUGAGCUCUAUGUCCAUGCUCUACUUCGAUGACGAGUACAACAUUGUCAAGAGGGAUGUGCCCAACAUGAUCGUGGAGGAGUGUGGCUGCGCCUGAUGGUGGCAGUGCGUGUGGAACACAGGCCCGGUGGGCUUUUGGGCAGCAGGAGACACAGGUGGGCUGAGUGUGGUCAUUCCAUUGGGCUGUGGAGAGUGCCAGGGUGAGGCCUGAAAGAAUUUUCUCCCGCUUCAUAGAACAACCAGUCAGAACCAGAGGGAGAACCCUCCCAUGACAUAAGAGACUCCCAACCGCACACGUAGACACGCACAGCCAGACGCAUCCUGCCACCCACACAGCAGCCUCCAGGAUACCAGCAAACGGAUAUGGUGACAAAUGGCAGCUUAGCUACCAAUGCCUGUCAGUCGGAGAGAAUGGGGUGAGCAGCCACCAUUCCCACCAGCUGGCCGGGCACUCUGAAUCGCGCCUUCUGAGCACACAUAAAAGCACAAAGACAGAAAGACACAGAGAGAGUGAGCCAGAGAGCCACGGAGAGGAAAAGCAGAGUAGGGAACACAGGCGGGCAGAGGGCUCUGUGCGUCUGGCUUGUCCCAGGCUCCUCCACCACAGCACCUGGUGCAGUCCUGCCCGCUCGCUCCUUGCCUGGCAUCCUCCAUGCUUUGAGGCCAGCAGAGCUGUGCUUCUCCAUUCUUGGAGAGAGCAAGUGGCCCUGGAGGGACCUGUCACAGAGACCAUGGAGCAGGGGCAGUGACCCUUUGACUGACUGUUGCUUGGGUAUGUGUGUUUGUUUGGGGGGUGGGGAGGGAGGGAGAGGAGAGGGGUCUUAAUUUUAUGCUUUAAACUCAUCUCCAACAAUUGACAGGUCAUUUGUGCCAGUUGUGGAACUGAAAAGAGACUCUAUCAGGUGUGACCUUUGAAGUGGAAAAUCCGAAUGGUUCUAAAUGAGAAGAAAAAAAAAAGUUGCAAUCCGUGCCCCUCACUGGGGACAUUCCUCUAGUGCUGGUGACCACUAGGCAAAGCUAAGAGGCCAGAGGAGGCAGAGGUGGGGGAGAAGCUUCUAGUGAGCAGCUUAGUUGGCAUUGGAGAGAUGGGGAAGGCUUUCAGUUGCUUUGCAGAAGUUGUUCAUGUGGAUGGGCCCAGACCCCAGGACUAUCCAUGAACAUGGUCCCUGCCCACUUCAUGCACCUGCCUGCCUGCCCCACAGAGCGCUUGCAGACCUGCGUGAAUGCACACGACAAUAGCACUUGCAGAUCUAUGUGUGUCCAGAAGUGGCCCUGGGGUGAGCACUGACGUGGCUCUCCCUGUAGAUGUCCAAGUGCCACGUGAACUAUGCAAUUUAAAGGGUUGACCCACACUAGGUGAAACUGGACUCGUACGACUCUUUUUUUUAUAUUUUUUUAUACUUGAAAUGAAAUCCUUUGCUUCUUUUUUAAGCGAAUGAUUGCUUUUAAUGUUUGCACUGAUUUAGUUGCAUGGUUAGUCAGAAACUGCCAUUUGAAAAAAAAGAAGUUAUUUUUAUAGCAGCAAAAAAUGAAUACAGUUAAAUGUAUUAUACAUAAUUUUGGAACCAAAGAGGCCAAUGGAUCAGUUUUAAUUUUUAUUAGAUGGUGAGGCCAUCUUCUAUGAGGUAGAUGUUCUAAACAAUCCCUUGAGUGGCCUGCCAAUGUUUCAGGGUAUAAAUGAAUUUUUUUAUUCAGUUGAUAUGUUUUUUCUGUCCUUACACACCCAGAAGGUAGAGUAAAAAAAAAAAAAUGACUGGUAGAACGCAGGUGUGUAUCCUUAAAUCCUCAUCUUUAGUUUAUUUAAUAAACCUCUCCUUAGAUUCUGUUUCAUAAUAAUUUAAAACCAAACAAUUUCCCCCCAUAGGCUGGCUGUUAAAGUAUUUUACGUUUGUGUACAGUUUAAGAAAAUAAAAGAUGGAGUGCCACGGG